AUGAUGAAACGUAUGCUGUUUUUUCUUCUCUUGGUGCUAAGCGUUGCUUGUGUGGGUGCUGUGACUGGUGUGGAAGCUGCAGGGCAGGAUGUUGAAGAGCAGGCUACUGAAGUACAUGCUUCUCUUGGUCAUCGUCCUGGUAUUGCGGAGACAAGAGAAGGAUUGGAAAUGACACAAGGUCUUGCUCCUGGUCCUGGCCGCAGUGAACUUGAUGGAGAUCAUCAUAAAGGUCCGGAAGCGGAUCUGAAGGGCCCAGAUGUAGAUGUGAAAGGGCCUAAGGUGGGUCCACAGGUGCAAACGGUCAAUGAAAAUGGACCUGGUGAAAGCCCUCAAAGACUUAAUGAGGUGACUGAGAGUAUUAAUCAAGCUGGGCAAAGUCAGAACCGUCAGGCACAAACUUCUGAUUCUGAAACAACUUCACCUUCUCCUGAUACUCCUUCUCCAGCUGGUAGUCCUACUACAUCACGUACUGAUGAGACCACAACUGUUGGUGACACAUCGCCCCAACAGAUACCAAGUGGUAAUCGUUCACAGGGUAGCAGUGAUCAGGGAGAUAAUGGUCAAGGUGCCAACACACAGAACACGCACACAACAGGGCCAGAACAUAAUGAUGGAGAGGACUCUUCUACUUCCACAACUCAAAGUACAGGUAAUACUUCUUCCAGCAACAUACCCACAGAUGAAGCGCAGAAUAAUCAGACUGAAAGUGAUCCUAAUCUUGCAAACCCCGCAGAGGGUGCAUCAACCAGUAAGGAAUCAACCACCACCACCACCACCACAACA